AGGAUAGAGUCCUACGCCGCCGAGACUCGACGGCCACCUGGGGCAGCUGGUCCCAGGCUGGAGGCCGGCUCCUGACGGUUGGGAUGGAAGCCAGAGACGCUGGGAAGAGAGAGAAGCAGCACUGACUGUCCCUGGCAACCCGGGGAGGGACACGGGAGACAAGAUGGGAUCCCAAGGGCCAAGCCCCCACAACCCGAAAAAGAGGGGCGUGCGUCUCUUUUUGGAAUCCCAGAAAACAAGGACGGAAGACGCUAGGCCCCUACCCUCUAGAACCUGUUUUGCACCUGAGGAGAUUAAACAGCUCCGGGCUGGACUGGCCAGACCUGGAACUAAAUGGGAUGCCUGGAGUUGCUGGGCAAUGCGGAGACCAGUGGAGCCCCAAACCGACCAACUCCAAGAGCUUUCGACAUUCACAACUCCUAAUGUGAGCGCCCGCUCCUCGGCCAUCACCGUCCGUGAGCUGCGCGGUUGCAAUAAAAGGCUGGACUCCAGGAGCCUGUUUCCUGAAUGUCCCCAAAGUCCCCCUUUGUCCUAUCUCAGUUUAAUAAACAGUCUUCUACAGCCUCACAAGCGAACUAAUGUAGAAAAUCGAAUCCGGAAAAGAAUGGCAAGGGUGAGGGAGCUGGACACGCAAAUCAAAGAAGCUCGGACCCAGCAGCAGAUCCUACUGCAAGACACCCGGCAGCUGCACAGGGAAAAGCUGUACUUCCAGGCUGAAAACACGUUCUUUCUGGAAUACCUGACCCACAAGACUGAAGAAUUGGCCAAGGAACCCACGAAGCUGUGGACAGAGUACAUCCAAGAAAGUGGGGCAGUCAAGAGGCGGAGACAAAGAUUAGCCUCCAAAUAUGCCAAGAAGCUGUCGGGGCUGAAAGCUGAGCUCCUGCAGAAGAGAAAAGCACAAGCCUCCCUGAAGCAGCAGCUACAAGAGCUGAAAGAUGUUUCACUCUUGAAGGAGAAACAGGACCUGCAGAUCCAGAAACUACAGGAGGAGCAGAGCAGAAUCGAAGCCCAGAGCGCCACCGAGAGACAUGCUCAGUUCCUCAAAGAAAAGGCCUUGUUAGAGGAACAACUGAAUGAGCCCGAUGCGAGGCUCUUGGAUAAGACACAGAGGAAGGAGCGUCAGGAGAAGGCCCAGGCCUUGAGAUCAGCAGCAAAGCGGUCCCAUUUAAAGUUCUGCCAGGGCGUGCACAUGGAGAACCAGUGCUUACUCCAGGAAUGCCGGCAGCUGAAGCAGCAAUCCUGGAAACUGGAGGCGAGGCACAGCCGGUUAGAAAACCAGAAGCGGCAGCUGGAGCAGGGACAGUGGUUUGUGCAGAGCUUGCUGCGUGGCAGGCAACAGCUGCAGAAAAGGCGGAGUGGAUGCCCUCAAGGCCAGGGUGCCCCCCAGACUGCACCGAGUCAAGGAAAAGCCCACAGCAGUUCUUGCAGUUCCUAAUAGGGAACGCUGCUGAAUUCACACUGUAAUGACAGAGCUGAAGUGUUGCUACAAAAGAUCCGGUGCUUUUUCCUAGCAAUCUUGUGAAGUGACCUGCUUCCUUUAACUAAUUCUUCAUAAAAUUUCCUUAUGUUGAUAAAAGACAUUCCACAAACUCCCAAUUAACCUAACUUACAUCACCAUCUGCCAAACACCCACACAUUAAACUACUCCAGAAACACCAACUUGAGGAAGUGAAUGCAAAACAAUUGUUUAGAUUCACCUGGCCAAUUUAGAUUUCUUUAUAGAUAAAAUACCAGGAAAGACAGAAUAUCAGAUUGGACAGUUCUUUCUGCUCUAUAAGCAAAGAUCAGCUCAUUUGUAUUCCUUUUGGCUAACUUAGCAGAA